CCCACCGCGCCGUCGUAUAACUCUCUCCAUGUCUUGCUGAGGAAGAAGAAGCCGACCAGCGCGCAGCUUUGCCGCGGAAGAGUUGGAGGGAGCCGCCGCUCGCCGGAGAUCAUGGACUCGUUCUCGUCGCCGUCGUCGGCGGGGUCGACUGCGUCCACGGAGCAUCUCAUGGAACAGAUCAAGGCCCAGCUCGCGCAGGCCUACGCGCAGGAGUUCCUCGAGACUGUUGGAAACAAAUGCUUUGCAAAGUGUGUCACUAAACCAGGAACAAGCUUGAGUGGAAGUGAGAGUAGCUGCAUAUCACGGUGUGUUGAUCGGUACAUUGAGGCAACUGGUAUUGUCAGCCGUGCUUUGUUCAGUUCACAGCGCUAGGAAGCAUUCAGGAAUUUGAUGGCUCUCAAUGGUUUCUUAGGAUGAUGAAAGUGAACCUAUCAGAAUAUGGCAUCCAUCUUUUAUUUUUUCUGCCAUUUGUCUUCUAAGAAAGUGCUAUGCUUUUCUGCAUACUAAUUUAGAAAAGGCACAUGGUGAUAAACCAUAAAUGUGCAAUAUUUUUGUAUUUAAGUUCAUGCAAUUGUUCAUGGUCUCUUUUCAUCCUUUGAUGGAGAAAUGCACCAAUGGAUUUGUGUGCAGGCUAUCAUAUGCCAUCGCGGUUUGCAGCACUAAGUUCCCUGUAGACCUUGCUUGAAAUUUGGGUUAACAAUGGCACAGCUUCCCUGAAGCUGGUCUAGACAAAUAA